CGCCGGACGGAGCCGGCAGGCAGUUCGAAGCGAUCCUGAUGGUGCAGGAUCAGGGCGGCAGGGAAGAAACCGCCGGUCCCACCGCCGGAGGGUCAGAGGCAGCGGAGCGAUGGGAGCUCAGGCAGGAAGAAGCCGGGACCCGGGAGGAGGAGGAGGUCGGAGGUGCCCCUUUCCAGGUUCACGACAUGGAAGCGGCGGGCGCUGCCAAGCCGGGCGACGGGAGCUCCUGUCUCUGGACCUGCUGCAGGAUGCCCGGAAUAAAGAUGAAAAAUGGAUGUCCAGGGCUUGGCUUGUUCUAUACAUUAUUAUCUGCCUUCCUGUUCUCUGUUGCUUCUUUAUUUCUAAAGAAAAUUGAAGACGUUCAUUCAGUGGAAAUCAGUGCUAUUAGAUGUGUUUUUCAAAUAACAUUUGUUCUUCCUGGAUUAAUAUAUUUCAAAACAGGAUUCCUAGGACCAAAGGACAAGCGACUAGUUCUUUUCCUCCGAGGAUUCCUUGGCUCCAGUGCAAUGAUCCUUGUUUAUUACUCUUUCCAAGUGAUGCCUCUUGCUGACGCUACUGUCAUUACAUUCAGCAGCCCGGUUUUUACAUCCUUCUUUGCCUGGAUCUUCCUCAAAGAGAAAUACAGUCUCUGGGACCUUCUUUUCACCCUGAUUACAAUCACCGGAGUAGUCUUUAUAGCAAGGCCCCCUUUUUUAUUUGGAUCCAAUGUUCUUGACAUGGAAGAAAGUUACACAGAUCAUCUUAAAGGAACCAUAGCAGCCAUUGCCAGUGCAGUAGCCGCCGCCUUAACUUUUGUGAUCCUAAGGAAAAUGGGGAAAUCCGUCCAUUACUUUUUGUCCGUUUGGUAUUAUGCUAUAAUUGGGUUAAUUGUGUGUAUAAUCACGCUUUUUAUAAUGGAUGCGUGGAGUUUGCCCAAUUGUGGUAUAGACAGAUUUCUCCUAAUCUUAAUUGGAUUGUUAGGACUUGGUGGUCAGAUAUUUCUUACUAAAGCAUUACAGAUUGAAAAAGCUGGCCCCGUUGCUAUAAUGAAAACCAUGGAUGUGGUGUUUGCUUUUAUUUUUCAAGUCCUUUUUCUUAAUCAUAUACCAAGAUGGUGGACAGUGGGAGGUGCUCUUUGUGUGGUAGCCAGUAGUUCUGGAACAGUUUUCCGCAAGUGGUAUCAAAAUUCCAAAAGAAGCACAGAACAAAAAAUUUAAUCCGCUAGGUGUUCUGUCAUUGUUAAAUAGAACAAAGUAUUAUGAUACUUAUUUUAAAUAAUUCAUCAAUUGGCCAGUUCUCUCGACUCAGUGUUCAUUAUCUAGGUAAGAAUCCUAACCAUAACCAGCUUCUUUUAUAUCAGGGAUGAAUCUAAACAAGAAGAAAGAUUGUUUUUGUGUGCCAAAUUUGCCUUGUUUAGCAGCCUUUGUGCCUUGCAAAUCCAGCAAUUUCAUAACAGGUUAUGAGUAUUUAUUCUUUAGGUUAAAAAAUGUUGCAAAACCAAAACGCCAUAAGGUUUGCCUAAGUGUUUAGAAAAUAGGUUUUGCAUCCUAACUCUGAUUUCUUAUGUAAGGCAUCCCUGCUACGUUUUCAUAAAGCUGAUUGAUCUCUUGGCGCCAAUGUAUGCACUAUAAAAACUAUGAAAAAGGAAGCACUGUGAAGUUGCAUAUCUUCCUUCUCCACCUCUCUUAUAACUUGAAAAGUGUAACCAAACUCUUAACUUCUAAACCAUUCCAAAAGUGGGAUUUGUGAAGUACAGAAUUAUGUCUUAUUUCACAAUUUAAAUUGAAAUGGAUGCAAUUUUGGUUUCACAGUGGAACUGGGAAAAAGUCAGUUAUUUAUGGUGUGUUUCCCAAUUUUCAUUCAACUUGAAAUGUUUGUUGCAACAUUUGAACAUUGUUUUUAGUCCAUUGACUUCUACAGGGUAAAUAUAAUUGGCUAUAAUAUGCCAAUUGCAGCAGAUAAUGAUCUGUAAGUGCUUUGGAUAUAAACAUCAGGUGCUUCCACUAUGCCCACUUUGAAUUUUAAUUUAGAUCACUUUACAUUUAUAUAAACUAAUUUGAUUGCAUAUGAUAUUGUAUGACUGAAUCAUGCAGAUUGCAGUGUUAAAAUUACACUGCAUUGCAGCCUCAUAAACUUUUAAAACAUAAAAUAGAAUGAUAUAGACUACAAAAACUUCCUCUUACAAUAUUCAAAGCAUCAGUUUUGUUAUUUUAGUGUAGUACAUUAACUAAAUUCAGAUUGGUCUCUUUUCAGCUGCAAAAUGAAUUCUUGUUUCUUUUUGUCCACUCAAGUCUCUAAAGAACAGAUUUUUUUUAUUUAAAAAAUUAUGAAUACUACUUUUGAUAUAAUUAUGUCUUGUAUUUUGUUUAAACAGAUUUUAUUGUAUUUGUAGAGAUGUAAACUACAAAUUUGCGUGUCUUAAAUAUAUUAUUUCUGAGUAGAAGGAGUGAAAGCCAUAUUAUGCUUGGAUUGUGGGCAACGUUCUGUGCAUGGAACAGUUGCUUUUGAGAGGCCCAAGCCUGAGCUGAUCUAUUUUGAGUAACCCAUUGUGGGGUCUGUACAUGGAAGGAAUAAAAGGCCAUUUUGAUGCUGGGAAAAGGAAUUGUGGGUGGGGAUGGGGAGGCCUGGGGAGGAGGCCAAGGAUGGAGGUGACUAAACAACAGGAAAUGGGAAGCACAGAUUGGACCACAGAGACACUGUCCUGGACAUGGGCCAGCUGAGAAGAAAGAGAAGAUCCUUGACAGGGCAGGUGGGCUAAUCAGAUAUGCUAUGCUAGAAGCUGAUGAAAAAGGGAGAGUCACCUAAGUCAAUCAAAGUGGUCCAGGGUUUGGUUCUACUCAACCACAUAUGGUCCAGAAUAGUUCAGUGGAAAUUCCAGAAUGUGGAAGUUUGUUCUGAGUUUGAAAGCAAGCAUUUUCUUCUCUUCAUGCAUACCUUCCUACUAGUAUUCAAUUACUAAAAUUCAAGUCAAGGAAUAAAUUGAAUGAAAUCCCCCAGCAUCUAUUUGCCAACAGAAGGGUCAUCCUUAAUAGAACAUUCUCUCUGUCCUACUAUAACUCUCUCUUGUGUCCCCCAAAGAUGCAGUUCAGAUAGGUACUGAACAGGGAGAAAAGAUAGGAGAAAUUACUUAGUCAGGAAGAUAUCUGCUUGCUCACUGCAUAGUGGAACCCAACAAUUACUUGUAUAGGGCCAAUUCUUUUUAGAGAAACGGACUGUAGUUGCUGCCUUCUGCAAUACUAUGCAUUUUUUAAUAUUUUAGUAGUAUUCCUGUAUACUUAAAGCAUUGUUUGUUUAUCAAAUGUUCCAUUUAAGAUGGUAAUUUUGUUACAUAUUAAAAAUAAAAAAUAUUAAAAAUA